UGGUUCCAACACCUACAAAAAACCGCCAUCCAAGAGUUUCUUCUAUUUUGUGGUGGAAGCUUUCAAGGAUCUCACAAUUUUAAUCCUGCUCGGCUGUGCCGCGCUUUCUCUUGGUUUUGGCAUUGAGAAGAAUGGCUUGAAAGACGGUUGGUAUGACGGUGGGAGUAUUUUUGUGGCUGUUUUUCUGGUCAUUGCCGUCUCUGCCAUCAGCAACUACAGACAGAACAGACAGUUUGACAAAUUGUCUAAAGUCAGCAACAACAUCCAAAUUGAUGUCAUCAGAGGCGCCAGGCGGCAACAGAUUUCAAUAUUUGACAUCGUUGUCGGAGAUAUUGUUUGCCUGAAAAUCGGAGAUCAAGUUCCAGCAGAUGGGUUGUUCUUGGAUGGACAUUCUCUGCAAAUAGACGAAUCCAGCAUGA